UUCUCCCGACAGAUAUUCCUUUAAAGGCGUAUUUAAAACCCUGGCUUCAGAUGCAGGAGCGGCGUCAACCUAUGCAACAAAAGCCGCUGCACAGCAGAGACACCGUCCGACAGUUGACCGGACACCGACACCGGGACAGCGGCUGAACCGACCCGGAGAGUGUUAGAUUGAAGCUUGGACCAAACAGCGACAUCUCAGCUACAUUUAUGAAGCCUUUUGAUUGAUCAGCCAAUCGAUGGGGAUUUUCAGAGGAGCUCCGCCAACCUUCGCCACUUGCCCUCGUCCUCCCCCCUCCCCCUGCGGCUUCUUUACCGCACCCCCCCACUCCAUCAUCCAGCCCUCGAUAGAAAAAAAAAUGACUCUGGAACUCACUGAAUGGUCUUCUAUAUGGAUUUUUACAGCCUGUAAUAGACAGUAAAAAAGAGGUAGAAACCUCAAUGACAAAAAAGCCAUAAACACACACACACACACACACACACACAUACACAUACACACACAUACACAUACACAUACACACACAUACACACACACUAUAAACAUACAUAUUUUCACAUACACACAAACAGGCAUAUAAAACAGACACACAAACCAACCAAAUAAAGCUGACUGAGUUUAGGCCUGAUCUCACACACCUGACACACAAACACACAAACACUGAGAAAACGCACAAACUCACUCUUGGAAUGUACUACACACUCUUCCUGUGAAAAUUCAACUGCUUCCUUCAUUUUUUGGGGAUUUUCUACAAGUCUUUGGAAAGCUAAUUUUAUUUAUUUAUUUUUGUUUUAAACUGGGAGGUGGAUUUACAGUGUUUUUGGAGAACUGAGAUCUGAUCAUAUACUGAUCUGCGAAUACUGAUCUAGUAGAUCUGCACACAGUAGUGUGGUCAUUUUUAUUCAUUUUUUCAUUCUUAAUGUCUGCAUCCUUUUUUUUAUUAGUUAAAUGACUUUACCUCUCAAGGUGAAGCUCUGAAGUUUGUUUGUUUUCAGUCUGGUAGUCAUUGCUCACAUUUUGCAGGUAACUGACUACUAUUACCAGCAAGUUACUAUUAGAAAUUACAAUUUGAAGCUUAAUACAUUUUACAGUUCCUCAUAGUUACUAGUGUAUAAUUACUUCUAGGAAGUUACUACUAUUAAGACAAGUCCAUGUAACUUGAAAGGAAUACUUUGCAGAAGUGUGUUUUUUUGUUUUUAGUUUUUUGCAGAAGUGCUGUUUUUUUCUGUAGCUACAGUUGAUUGUUGUCAUCAUUUUGCGUGUGCUGGAGGCGGCGUGUUUGUUUUUUCCUGGCGUGCAUGCCCUCCACCAUGCCUCCCCAGAACACGGAGGCUGACGCUAUGCAGGUCGGAUCUCUGGUGGGCGGGGUCAGCGGUAAAAACCCCACGGCACCGAGCUCGGAGGAGGACAAGGGUGGAGCAGCAGGAGAGACGGAUGGAUUGGGGAGUGGAGGUCAAGGAGGGGAGGAGUCUGUGAGUGAAGGAUCCAUCGAAGGCAUCCCGCUGAAGAGAUGGGUGAUGCACGGGGCCGUGAUGUUCGGCCGGGAGUUCUGCUACGCCAUGGAGACGGCGCUGGUGACGCCGGUGCUGCUGCAGAUUGGUCUUCCAGAGCAGUACUACAGUCUGACGUGGUUCCUCAGUCCCGUUCUGGGCCUCAUGUUCACCCCUCUGAUCGGCUCGGCCAGUGACCGCUGCACCCUGCCCUGGGGUCGGAGGAGGCCCUUCAUCCUGGCUCUGUGCAUCGGAACACUGAUAGGAGUGGCACUGUUUCUGAACGGAUCCCUGAUUGGUCUGUCUUUAGGUGAUCAACAAGGGCGACAACCAAUAGGAAUUGUUCUUACUGUGCUGGGAGUUGUGGUACUGGAUUUCUGUGCAGACGCCACAGAGGGACCAAUCAGAGCGUACCUGUUGGAUGUGGCCGACACAGAGGAACAAGACAUGGCCCUCAACAUCCACGCUGCUUCAGCUGGUCUUGGUGGUGCAGUCGGAUAUGCUCUUGGGGGUCUGGACUGGACACACACCUUCCUGGGCGCUGCCUUCAAGUCUCAGGAGCAGAUCCUGUUCUUCUUCACAGCCAUCCUCUUCACUGUGUCGGUGGUGUUGCAUCUGUUCAGCAUCGACGAACAGCAGUACACCCCCCAGCAGGACAGGCUGGACCAGGAGAGUCCAGAUCCUGCCAACCUGCACCCAUCAGCCAAUGGGAGGACUGGACUACUCGCCCCCAAGUUAGAGAUGAUUGGAGAAGAUGAAACGAUGGAUAGCUACGACCUCUAUGACCCUUACGGAGAUGACCAGUCAGAGCGGGGGGAUAUGGACAUGGACUUCUUAGAGGUGGAGCUUGUAAGAAGUAAAAGUGACAGCGUGCUCGCCAUGGCGGAUGCCACCCUCGACCACCUGGACCAUGAUGCGUUUUUCUUGUGCCACCUUGAGCCCUCCAUCUUUGCUGACCGCCUCUCGCCGUACCAUGGCUCACCUCCACCCGCCGUGUCGUUUUUUAACCACACCACUCCACCUCCACACCUCACAAGCAUCAGACGCAGCAGCAGCGCAGGAAGUCAGGAUCUACUCCGCCCACAAAGCAACAACCACCAAACACACGCUCCCAUCCCCAGGAUGUCCCGCCUGUCUGCAUUUCUGCAGGAAAUGGAAAAUGAUGACGGCCAGGAGGCGUUGUUGAACAACCAGCUCAAUGAGCAGCGGACACUAAACGGGCGACUUUUAGCAGGAUUGGCCAAUUCUGAUAGGUCGAACACCUGCGCUAACAGGAUGAGCGCAAAAGGACAGGCCCAUCGCGCUGGGAUGGUCAAAGCUGCCAGUACCGGAGCAUCUGUCCGACAGUCCCGUCACAGUCACACCUUCUACCGUCAACCGUCCUGCACCUUCUCCUACUAUGGACGGGUGGGGAGUCACCGCUACCGCUACCGCCGCGCCAACGCCGCCUUCCUUAUCAAACCGUCUCGCAGCAUGAACGACCUGUAUGAGGUGGAAGCCAGACACCGGAGGAGGAACAGGCAGAGGAACCGGCAUCGCAGCGGAAACACCAACUCCUCCAGCGGUGACACAGAGAGUGAAGAGGGGGAGGUUGAGACCACCGUGCGGUUGUUGUGGUUGUCCAUGUUGAAGAUGCCGGCGGAGCUACUGCGGCUGUGCGCGUGCCACCUGCUCACCUGGUUCUCCAUCAUCGCUGAAGCCGUCUUCUUCACUGAUUUCAUGGGACAAGUCAUUUACCACGGAGAUCCGACAGCUCCGAGUAAUUCUACAGAGUUGGAUAAUUACAACAAAGGAGUCCAGAUGGGCUGCUGGGGUCUGGUUGUAUACGCCAUGACAGCAGCUACAUGCUCAGCUGUGCUGCAGAAGUACUUGGACAACUUUGACCUGAGCAUCAAAGUCAUCUACAUCCUGGGAACGCUCGGGUUCUCCAUUGGCACUGCUAUCAUGGCCAUCUUUCCUAAUGUGUAUGUGGCCAUGGUGAUGAUCAGCAGCAUGGGGAUCAUCUCUAUGAGCAUAUCCUACUGCCCAUACGCUCUGUUGGGACAAUAUCACGAAAUGAAAGAGUACAUCCAACACAGCCCCGGGAACUCACGCAGAGGCUUUGGCAUCGACUGUGCCAUCUUAUCCUGCCAGGUGUACAUCAGUCAGAUCUUGGUGGCGUCUGCUCUGGGUGCGGUGGUGGAGGCCGUUGGCAGUGUCCGUGUCAUUCCCAUGGUGGCCUCCGGGGGCUCCCUGCUUGGAUUCUUCACCGCCUGCUUCCUGGUCAUUUACCCCCCUCCAAACAAUGGGGAAGGCGAUUCAGCCAAAGCGUCUGAGAAACGGGCCCUGACCACGCUGGAAAUCCCCAACAGUGACCAAAUGGCUGUUACCGUGGUGAUAGAAAAGCCCAGCUUCUUGAAACUCAACAAGGAGGGAAAGGCCACGACCACAACCACAUCAUGUCACACGGAGAACGAAUCCGCUCUGUGAUUGGUUAAUUAGGCUCAACGGACGACGGGAAAAUGCAUAAAAUCACUCCUCAAAAAUCGUCAUUAACGACAGGAAAACACUUCAAGCUGUGCUUCCGUCCUCAUUUUGGCGCCGUUUACAGACACGAAGCAAAGCAGCGGUCGAUCCUUCAGGCUGUUUUGACUUUGAUCGAUCCAUCAGCAUCCUCCCGAAGUGAUCGAUGUAUUGGUUCUUAAGCAGAGGUUGUUUGUGUCUCUCAGGGCCUCUAGGGGGCGCCACUGAGCAGCCGCCUGGAUCAGAAACGUCUGUUCAUACCAUCACAUGUACAAACAUCUGUGAUUAGCUGAGUGAUGAACGCUGGUGAUGAAUGGUAGCCCUAGAUGCUGAAGAGCUGAAAGCAGUUCAAAUAAUGCUGGACAUCGUUCUUCCGUGCUGGAGUCGGCUCGAUUGAAUUUUUUUCUCAGUGGUGCCGAAGCCGAUCUGACUGGUCGAGUGUGUGUAUCUGCUGAUUGUUUUUGUGUUUUGUUUUGUUUUGUUUUUCGCAGAGGUGAUGUUCACCAAAAAAAAAAACAAUACACUUGACUUUGUGGGACGUUGACAGCACUCUGCAGCAGUAGCUUUAAGACUCUAGAGACUUUUGGAUGUGGCUUUUUCUUAAACUAAAAGCCUAAAGUGUGGAGUGUAGGGAUAACCUGGUCCCUCAAAUGUCUGAGUGUUUUUUUUUUUGUGCCCUCAUUUACAGAACAGGAGCACUAGAGUCUUUGUUUCAGGGCAAGAUAACAAUAUUUAAAUGACUCUGCUCUAAAGUUUCUAGCAUGAGCGUAAAGUAGCCUGUAUAUUCACCAUAAAUAAUAUCCCCUACAGAUGUAUAUUAAUGUACAUUUAUUGACAUGAACUUGAGGACAAAAGAGCAUAGAUGCAAUAUGUGCAGCAUACAGGGCAUUACAAUCACAAAUGUUAUUUAGUGAGGACCCAGAGUGGAGAAAGAAUAACGCUGAGUUUGAGGAAAUCAGAGGAAAUGUUGGAGGAGAGGAGAGACAAACCAAACAGCAGAGGAGAGGCUUUCGUUCAGUCACUCUCAUUUGAAAUUUUUGUUUUUUAGAAAAUGCUCUCAGCACGACAUUUGUCACUAUCUACUAUCUAACUAGACCAGUGGUUCUCAGUGUUUUUCUGUUUCCAUUGGACAUCUGAGAACAUUAAUGUCCAAACUGGUCCAAAACGCAAACAUAUCCCAUUUCCAGUCCAGUCCUUGUCCGUUGUCCACCCCACAGUUUGAGAACCACUGGAGUAGACAAACCAGCGUUAAAAAGUACUCAGCAAGCUUUGGGUUAGAGUUAUUGGAGGUUUCUGUGCUGGACACCAGUGGGGCGGGGCUUCCUGACCCUCCUCUGGAAACUUUACCUGAAAAAAAAUAUAAGAAACCUUGUAAGAAAAUGUGAGUGAAGAGGCCUCUGUGUUGACAAUAUGUAGCCUGUUGUACCAGGGUCAGGGUCCUGACCAUAAUUUCUAGGUCAAAUAUAGUCAGUAGAAGGAAGUGAAAGACUUCUGUGGGUGUAGAACGCUGAAUGGACGUUUACUAAAGAGAAGAGGCACCAAGAAAUGUUUGACUUCUUUAAAUAAUCAGUAGUAUUUAAGCAAAUUUGGAAAAGCAUGUUUUAAUUUGGCUUUUGUUAGUACAAGUAAGAUGAAGGAGGCCCCUUUUGUGCAGGACUGGGCAACAAAUAGAAAAAUGUAACGUCUCAACAGUUUUUAAUACAUAAACUGAUACGACACAAAAAGGACUAGAAAGAUGAUUCCACAGUGAAUGUCAAAGCAUUAUUCUGUUAACGUUUAAAAGCUCAUUUUCAGUCCUGAGUGAAAGAAACCAGACUGUUAAUUAAAAAAAAAGUAAAAUAUGACAGAAAUAUGAAAACUACAUUAAACACAUAAGAUGAAAACAGUGUAGACACAUCAGUGCACAUGCGUAGGCGCUUGGUUUAGUGUGUAGUGAUUUAAUUUUUUGAAAUUUUGAUCAAAUAAAUUAAAGUGGUGUCUUUAGAAAGAUGAAAACAAUGUAAAAGAUAAUUCUUUCAAAUAUUUAUGGUCAGAUCAUGACAAACACUGACCAAACGGCACAGCACAGAUAAAAUGCUGACUAUGAGGAUAGACUUAAUAAUGUCAUGUGACGCUGACAGUGAAACCAUUUAAAACCCUACAUUUCACACAGCCCUGCUUUGACAAUAAACAGUUUCUGCUCAAAAAUCUGAUUUUUUAGUUU